CCCUUCCACUGCCAAUAUUUGAUCGACAUCCUCAGUACUGCACACUCAUUCCAACAUCUCUCUCUCUACUUGCUUUCUACGUGUGACAGAUCAAUAGAAAUGGCGAAGUCACCAGAGGAAGAGCACCCUAGGAAAGCCUUUGGAUGGGCAGCCAGAGAUACUUCUGGGGUCCUGUCUCCCUUCAAAUUCUCUAGAAGGGCAACUGGAGACAAGGACGUAACGUACAGAGUUCUUUAUUGUGGGAUAUGCCACUCGGAUCUUCACAUGCUGAAGAAUGAUUGGGGCAAUACCGCCUACCCACUUGUCCCUGGGCAUGAGAUUGUGGGUGUAGUGACAGAGGUGGGGAGUAAGGUAGAAAACUUCAAAGUUGGAGACAAGGUUGGCGUAGGCUGCAUGGUUGGAGCCUGUCAUUCGUGCAACAACUGCGCAAACAACCUUGAGAAUUACUGCCCAAAAUCGAUCCUCACCUAUGGAUUCAAGUACCAUGAUGGAACCAUCACAUAUGGAGGCUACUCUGAUAUCAUGGUCGCGGACGAGCACUUUGUGAUCCGUAUUCCGGACAAUCUGCCACUUGAUGCUUGUGCCCCUCUCCUAUGUUCCGGGAUCACCGUCUACAGCCCCAUGAAAUUUUAUGGGCUUGAUAAACCUGGUAUGCAAGUGGGUGUGGUUGGCCUUGGUGGGCUAGGCCAUGUGGCUGUGAAGUUUGCAAAAGCUAUGGGGGCUAAGGUGACAGUGAUCAGUACCUCGCCAAAGAAGAAGAAAGAAGCCUUGGAAAGCCUUGGUGCGGAUUCGUUUUUGGUGAGCAGUGACCAAGAUGAGAUGCAGGCUGCCCAGGGAAAAUUGGAUGGAAUCAUUGAUACGGUCUCUGCAAUGCACCCUCUCGUGCCUCUAAUUGGCCUGUUGAAGUUAAAUGGAAAGCUUGUCUUGGUUGGUGCACCAGAGAAGCCGCUUGAGCUACCGGUCUUUCCUUUAAUCAUGGGAAGGAAGACAGUGGCUGGUAGUCUUAUUGGAGGCAUCAAGGAGACGCAAGAAAUGAUUGAUUUUGCAGCCAAACACAACAUUACAUCCGACAUUGAGGUUAUUCCAAUGGAUUACGUGAACACUGCCAUGCAGCGCCUCCAGAAAGCAGAUGUCAAAUACAGAUUUGUCAUUGACAUUGGGAACACAUUGAAGUCCAACUCUUGAACUUGGUUAACUUCUGUUACGAGUGUGUACUUCUUAAUUUCUUAAUUUACGUUGCUUCGAAUUGUUAGAGAUAUAUUAGGUUUGAGUCAUUGCCGGUACUUGAGUUAUAUUUCAAUAACACCGUCUCUCCUAAUGUAUUUUCCAUA